GCGGAAGCGUCGCUCCACCCUCCGGGACGCGGUGGCUAUGGUAACCAGUCACUGCUAUGGUACCCAGUCGACGCUUCUAAGGAGUUGACUCGCAGCACUGAAAAUGGCAAAAAUAGAAACAGAAGAUCACAGAACAGCACUUUCUCAGUCUUCUUCAUCAUCCUUGACUAAAGCCAUGAAGGAAUCACAGCAAAGCAACUCCAAAGGCACUUUCAAUGGGGAUAGCUUUCACUCCAUUGACAAAUAUAGUUCAAAUUAUUUACCAAGGGAGUUUAUGUCAUCCCAGGCAAAAGCAGUUAUUAAAACUACUAAAGAUUAUUUGCAGCCUCAGUUUGGCCCCAACAGACUGUUGCUUUCAGCAGCAAUAUCAGAAGGGUCAGGACUUCAAAAUUGCUCCACACAUCAAACAGUAUCAGAUCAUAGGCAUGGUGAAAUAUCAGACCCGGAUAGCUACAAAUCAAACAGAAAUAACAAUUCCUGUUUUAUAUCAGCAUCCAAGAGAAACAGACCUGUCAGUGCUCCGGAGGGUCAACCGAGAGUUGCAGAGUUCUCUUCUUUAAAAUUUCAGUCGGCCCAGAAUUGGCACAGAAUCUCUCAAAGACAUAAGCUUCAAACCAGAGUGAUUAGAGUAACAGCUUACAAAAAUGGAUCUAGAACAGUCUUUGCCAAAGUUGCUGUACCAACCAUCUCCUUGUUGCUGGAGGAGUGCACGGAGAAGCUGCGUCUGAACAUGGCCGCACGACGAGUGUUCUUGGCAGAUGGCUCUGAAGCCCUCGAACCUGAAGACAUACCCCAUGAAGCCGACGUUUAUGUUUCAAUGGGAGAGCCCUUUUUAGAUCCAUUCAAAAAAAUUAAAGACCAUCUGUUGUUAAUGAAGAAAGUAACUUGGACAAUGAAUGGGCUGAUGCUUCCUACUAAAGUGAAGAGACGGAAAACCAAGCCUGUUCUUUCUACUAGAAUGAAGAAACUUACUGGGAAGACCUCAGUCCGAAUUCUGUUCUUUAAGAAUGGCAUGGGGCAAGAUGGACAUGAGGUUAUAGUGGGAAAGGAAACAAUGAAAAAGGUUUUAGAUACUUGCACAAUGAGGAUGAACCUAAAUUCACCAGCCAGACAUCUUUUUGAUUUGUAUGGCAGAAAAAUUAAAGAUAUUUCAAAAGUUCCUCUGCUUGAAAAAUGCUUGCAAAAUUCCAUCACACCUUUGCGGGGACCAGUUUGGGUCUCUAAGGGAGAAGGUUUCAGCCCCUCAGGAGCUAAGAUAUACAUCCAAGGAGUUCUUUUGGCCUUGUACCAACGCUUAAAGUCUGCAAAAAAAUACUAUAAACAGUUGAACCUGGCUGUGGAUGAACAGAAAGAUAAAAUUACUGAAAAAAUCGUUCUUUCAAUGACAGCAAAGGAACUCCAUAAGGCACAGGAAGAAGUGAGCAGGCUGAUUGAUGAAUUGCAGACAGCUAUCAAAAGCAACAGAGAUCAUCUCUCUAAACUUGGCCCCCAAUUACAGGCUGAGCAGGAGCAAUUCUCCUCUUAUGUCUACCAACACAUUAAAAGCCUUCCAGCAAAAACUCUUAUCCCAAGAGGCCUGCAGCUCAAGGUACUUGAAAAUGGUAAAGACACUGGAGAGAUCUCUAUCUGUAUCAGCCAAAAAGAUUUGGUGUCUAACAGCCCAAACCAAACUGGUGAUAUGAUGGAAAAAUUACUUCUCAGGAUUCAUCAAAGGCUUCAAGGAUCUUCCAUCAACCCACCAGGCCUCAAUUUUUCUUCAACACGGCUUUUCGAUGAGCAUGGUCAAGAAAUUAAGAACCCACUUUUGCUGAAGAAUGAGCAAAAAAUUUGGGUCUCUUAUGGUAAAGCGUACAGAUCUCCAUGGAACCCUGUUUUGAGUUUGACCUUUGACCAGGUGACUGCAUUUGCCAGAGGUGGCAUUACAAUUGCAUAUAAAACCUUCUUGGAUCCCAAAGCUGUUCUGCUACCUGGAUGUGACAAUUGGGAAGUUUGUGAGGGAUUUCCAGUGAAUUUUAAUGCCAACAGUCAACAGAUACCUGAUCAAUUUGAAAAGGUGGACUUAGAGGAUCAUUUCCUACAGAACAAGGUGGAUUCCAGUAUUGUCCUUCAUGCCUCUGUUUCCAUUGGAAAGUGGGGUUCCUCGGGUAGUGAAGAGAUCAGCAGAUGUCAGAUGGUGCCAUCGACCCCGUGGCCUGCAGCCAGUGUGUGGCUGAUCAUGAAGACUGGAAUGAUCUUGAGCCGAGCCAUAACUCAGGGCUGCCUAGCUAUUGGUCAUCCAAUCAGAGUGAAGGCCACUGAGGGAACAUCACUGGAAGGAUAUAAAUUAAUCCUCCAGAAAAGACAUAAAGAAAAUGAUUCUCAGAAGUGGGUGUUUGGAACUGAUGGCUGCAUUUAUUCUAAGGCUUAUCCUCAGUUUGUUCUGACCUACCUAGAGGAGCUAAAGGCACAAAUGGAUGUGACCCAGACAGAGUAUCACAUUCACCAUGGCACCUGGACCACAGCUCAUCAGGAGCAUGGCAGCAGCUUAGCAGGAGAGGUUCUGCAAGAAAGUGCCAGCAUCCCUGGUUUGGAGCAACUGUCAGAGCCUUCAGACACCCAUUUGAUGCCAGAAGGUUCUCUUGGGGAGACAGGGCAGCUGACAGUGGCACUGGUGAGGAGAUUGGAGGAGAAACAUCCCAAGGCUUCUGCUCAGAGGUGGGCCAUAAAACAUGCAGGGACCAGUAAGCCAGGCCAGUGGAAACAUUCCAGAGUCGAAAAUCCUCUCUGGAAUAAGCUUACCUACAUGUGGCCAGUCCUUCCCAGCGGCCAACUUAACGAGGAGUUUGAUUGGCCAAUAGAAGGACUGCUUAUUCCAAACAGUCCUUCCAUGAAGAAACCCAUCUGUAAGUCACCGGAGCAGGAUGUGCCCCUAAGACUCAGAGUUCUGCGGAAUGGAGACAAGAAUAAAAACAGAGCACUUGUUAUAAUGAGUCCAGACAUAUCACCUGGGCGGAAAAUGCAAAAUGUUGACACUGAAAUGAAAAAGAAUGUGAAAAAGUAUGUCACUAAAUAUUCUAAAACCAAAACAAAGCAGACUGAAUAUCAUCAACUUUUGGAGAGGUGUACUGAAGUUCUACAUUUACCUUCUGCAGCUCGGAGGUUGUUCAAUGAAAAGGGAAAGGAAAUCUUUUCUGUAAAAGACCUUCAAAGAGACGAACUGGUAUACGUUUCAUGUGGGGAACAUUGGAUCAAUCCUGACCUAUCCAUUGCUCAUCAAAAGAAGCAACUCUUCCUGAGGAAUUUAGCAUCAGACAUUUCUAAAAUUCAAGCCUUCUGCAAUACACGUAAGACAGAGGCUCUUGUUUUAGAAGUCCAAAGUGACAUUGUGUCUGGAGCCAAGCUCGCUGUGUGUAAGCCCGUAGCAACUUCUGGAGAAGAGAAGCAAAUUAUAGAGCCAGAGGAAGAGCACAUGCAAAAAAAUGCUUUAACAACGGAAAGUGCUCCCAGUAAAACUCUAGAUUCACAUGCAAAAGCCCAUCUCCGAAUGAAGGCUCUUCACAUGUCUCUCAAGUAUGCCUGGCAGGAACCUUCUCAUAUCUCUGAUGAGGGCGACAGUUUUCCAAAGAAGAUGCAGGAAGAGAUCUUAGAAAAUGUGGAACCACAGAGAAAAUACAGCCAUUCUCCAAAGCGGUGUAAACUGCAGAAGCUCUGCCACCAGCAGUUUGAAUACAGAGAUGGGCAAAUCAUAAGUCAUGUGGCUCCUCAGCUAGUCCUGGGGGUGCGAGGUCCAGACCUGCAUUCAGGCAUGGAGGUGGUUUUGGUGGAGAAAAAAGCCAAUGACGGUCAUCAGCGCUGGAUGCACAAGGAAGGCAGCAGGACCUUUCACCUGGUGAGGAACCCAGAGCUUGUGCUGGCUGUGUCUAUGACCAAGACGGGGAAGGAAGUCUGCAGCUAUCCAGUUAUUGUUCAGAAAUAUAAGCCCUAUAACAAUGGGACUUCCAAUCAAAAGUGGAAUUACAUUGAAAAUAAGAAAACUUUUAUGGCCUUCCAUAGCACUGCACUGGAUAAGGAAAUCACAGCCGCAAAUUAUGCUGGAAUUUGUACAUCCUCUGUAGUUAAAGAAGAAAACAUUGAUCAACCAGGAUACUAUUCUCUCUCACCUGGAAAGAAAAAAAUGACGCUGUGCCUGGCCUGUGGACGAUCCCUGAGAGCAGAGAAAGGACUGAAGCAGCUGCCUGCAGGACUGCCAUUCGUCUGUGCCUCAGGUUCCGAGACCCAGAGGCCCUUCUCACGAGGGCCUUUCAAGACCAUCCAUGUGGCCGAGGUUGACUUAUCUUCUUAUGAGGCUGAAAAAACUCUAAGUCAUUAUGAAGAACAUCUAUUAUCUUUACGGAUGAAGACCUGCACACAAGUUGUAGCUCCUAUUGGUACGGCAGCUGCUCUCCAGAAGCCGGUGAAAAUAAUUGCAUACAAAAAUGGAGAUGGAUAUCGAAAUGGGAAGUUAAUUGUGGCUGAAACAUUCCCCAUACUUCUUACAGAAUGCACGGAACAGCUUGGUCUUGCCAGAGCAGCCUCCAAAGUAUAUACUAAAGAUGGAACCACAAUCCUUUCCCUGCGUGAACUGGUUUUAUGGGCUCUAGAUAAAUCAUUUAUCCACAGAGACCCUGAGGAACAAAAGAAAGAGGCAGCCCCCAUUGGAACAAAGGAGACAACUAUUAAACGUAUGGUUGAAAACCCAAGACUGAAAGUGAAAAACAAGUUAUUUCCAACAUCUGUGACAUCCGAUGGUUUGGAUGGUAUAGAUGAGUCUUUGUUCACCCUCCUUCACAGAAGCCCCAUUGCCAUCUGGGUAUCUUGUGGGGAACCAUUUUUCUCUCCCAAUGCUUUGCAGAAAGCAAAAAAAUUAGAAAAACAGAACUGGCAAAAAAAGGACAAAAUUUUGGCUGACUUAGACACCAUGAAACACAAAAUGAGACAGUUAAAAGGGCGGCGAGUAGCAUCAUGUCAGCCAGCCACCAUGGUUCCCAACCAAAGCCCUGUGCAGCCGGUCGUGGUGGAAGGAGGCUGGACCGAACAGACACAAGAGGAAAUUAAACUCAUGGAAUGUAUAAGACAUACAGAGGCACACCUUUCUGAAAUCCAAGAACGGCAAUCCAAGAGAAAUUCUCCAACUGCAACUAAACACACAGCACUCAAGCAGAGCAGCCUGUAUAAGCAACCCAACACAAAACGGGUCUGGGUUUAUCUAAAUGGAUGCAGACCCGAAGAUGGCACUUAUGCCUGGGGCAAAAGCAUUUCAGAGCUGCUAGAUGACUGCUCGGCUCGUCUGAAGAUGGCCCGCCCAGCCAGCACCCUGUACACCCCCGGGGGAGAGCUGAUUCUGUCCUGGGACCAAAUAGAGCGAGACAUGGUCAUCUGUGUGUCCACAGGACAUGGCUUUGUAACCCAAAAAGAGUUAAAACAACUGAUGGAGGUCAGAGCCAGUUAUGCCAGAAUCCGAAGGCAGCAGGGCCCUGAAGCCACAGACAUCGUGGUGUCUCCACCCGAGAAGCUGCAGUCUCUGGUACAUCGACUCGAUUUCUAGCAGAGCCAUCAUAUUUUGUGCUGUAUUUUG